GGAGGAGAGGGGUGCGCUGGAAGGCAGAGGCAAGUGUGCUGGGGAGAAUAGUGUGGGAAUCAGCAUGGCCUGAGACCGGUGAGGCAUCUUUGGGCUCAGGACUCUGCAGACCUCGAGGAGGGACGGAAGUACUGAGGCCCUGUAGCCCACCGUUGGUGGACGCCGGAGCCCGAGGGAGAGGGGCCGGUGGUGAAGACGGUGGCGCCCCGGGGCAGUGGGCGGGGCAGGCCAGGAGGCGGGGGCGCCGGGAGCCCGCAGCCCGCCCUCCGCGCGCUCCCUGCCCCUCCCUUCGGGCGACUCCCUGCGCUCAGCCUUCUUAACCUGCCGGCGGCAGCGGCGCUCGCACUUCCCCAGCCCGGUCCGCGCGGCCUCUUGCUCCAUGGCGCUCCUCGGGCGGCUGCUGCCCCUCGCCCUGGCGCUGGCCCUGCCCGCCGCCACGCCGGCGGGCCCUGCCAAGUCACCCUACCAGCUGGUGCUGCAGCACAGCCGCCUCCGGGGCCGGCAACACGGCCCCAACGUGUGCGCCGUGCAGAAGCUCAUUGGCACCAACAAGAAGUACUUCACCAACUGCAAGCAGUGGUACCAGAGGAAGAUUUGUGGGAAAUCAACAGUCAUCAGCUACGAGUGCUGUCCUGGAUAUGAGAAGGUCCCAGGAGAGAAGGGCUGUCCAGCAGCCCUGCCACUCGCCAACCUGUACGAGACCCUGGGAGUCGUCGGCUCGACCACCACGCAGCUGUACACGGACCGCACGGAGAAGCUGAGGCCCGAGAUGGAAGGGCCCGGCAGCUUCACCAUCUUCGCCCCCAGCAACGAGGCCUGGGCCUCCUUGCCGGCUGAAGUGCUGGACUCCCUGGUGAGCAACGUCAACAUCGAGCUGCUCAACGCCCUCCGCUACCACAUGGUGGACAGACGGGUCCUGACGGACGAGCUGAAACACGGCAUGGCCCUCACCUCCAUGUACCAGAAUUCCAACAUCCAAAUCCACCACUAUCCCAACGGGAUCGUGACCGUCAACUGUGCUCGGCUGCUGAAAGCCGACCACCACGCGACCAAUGGUGUGGUGCACCUCAUCGACAAGGUCAUCUCCACCGUCACCAACAACAUCCAGCAGAUCAUCGAGAUCGAGGACACCUUUGAGACCCUUCGGGCUGCGGUGGCUGCAUCGGGGCUCAACACCCUGCUCGAAGGUGACGGCCAGUACACACUCUUGGCCCCAACCAACGAGGCCUUCGAGAAAAUCCCCGCUGAGACCUUGAACCGGAUUCUGGGGGACCCAGAGGCCCUGAGAGAUCUGCUGAACAACCACAUCCUGAAGUCGGCCAUGUGUGCCGAAGCCAUCGUGGCAGGGCUGUCCUUGGAGACUCUGGAGGGCACCACGCUGGAGGUGGGAUGCAGUGGGGACAUGCUCACCAUCAAUGGGAAGCCCAUCAUCUCCAACAAAGACGUCCUGGCCACCAAUGGGGUGAUCCACUUCAUCGACGAGCUGCUCAUCCCGGACUCAGCCAAGACGCUAUUUGAGUUGGCUGCAGACUCCGAUGUUUCCACAGCCGUUGACCUUUUCAGGCAAGCUGGCCUCGGCACUCAUCUCUCCGGAAAUGAGCGGUUGACUCUCCUGGCCCCCAUGAAUUCCGUCUUCAAAGAUGGAACCCCUCCAAUUGAUGCCCGGAUGAAGAAUUUGCUUCUGAACCACAUGAUUAAGGAUCAGCUGGCCUCCAAGUAUCUGUACCAUGGACAGACCCUGGAAACUCUGGGGGGCAAAAAACUGAGAGUUUUCGUUUAUCGUAAUAGCCUGUGCAUCGAGAAUAGCUGCAUCGCCGCCCAUGACAAGAGGGGGAGGUACGGGACCCUGUUCACCAUGGACCGGGUGCUGACCCCCCCAAUGGGGACCGUUAUGGACAUCCUGAAGGGAGAUAAUCGCUUCAGCAUGCUGGUAGCCGCCAUCCAGUCUGCAGGGCUGACCGAGACCCUCAACCGGGAAGGGGUCUACACAGUCUUCGCUCCUACCAAUGAAGCCUUCCAAGCCUUGCCACCGGGAGAGCUCAACAAACUCUUGGGCAAUGCCAAGGAGCUUGCCAACAUUCUGAAAUACCACGUUGGUGAUGAAAUCCUGGUUAGCGGAGGCAUCGGGGCCCUGGUGCGGCUGAAGUCUCUCCAAGGCGACAAGCUGGAAGUCAGCUCGAAAAACAAUGUGGUGAAUGUCAAUAAGGAACCUGUCACUGAAGUUGACAUCAUGGCCACCAAUGGUGUGGUCCACGCCAUCUCCAGUGUCCUGCAUCCUCCAGCCAACAGACCUCAGGAACGAGGGGAUGAACUUGCAGACUCUGCACUUGAAAUCUUCAAACAGGCCUCUGCGUUCUCCAGGGCUACCCAGAGCUCUGUGAAACUAGCCCCUGUCUAUCAGCGGUUAUUAGAGAGGAUGAAGCAUUAGUGUGAAGGACCGCAGGAGGAAUGCAUUUCAGCAUCUCCCCGCCAAUUUCUCUCAGUUUGCCAAAGAGACUGAAUGUUUUUGAAACCAAAUAUCACACUUCAAUGUACCUGGACCACACUAUAAUGAGAUCUGAGCCUUGGGAGGGUGGGGGGAGGAGGGAGAGAGAUAUACUUUUAAUUUUCCCCCCUAAACAUGACUGUUAGCCCACUGUAUGUAGAAACCUGGUUGUCACUGACAUUCACUUCCAGCAAGGACCUGUCCCAAAUGUAGAAUUUCCUGCCUAUGCCACAUACUCUGGAAAAGGGAGCCGAAGUUUCUGAAGCUCACAAAACAUGAAUCAAGCAAUCCAGUAUCAUGGGGGUUGGGUUGUGGCAUGGGUUUUAUAAAGCUCUUUCACAAUUGGAGAAGUGGCAUCCUUAUAAGCUAUGAGUUGAACUGCUCUGUCAAAUAUUUCUUGCACCUACAUAUGGCUUGGACCCUUCUGUGUGAUCCUGUCCAGGUAGAAAAAAGAGGGUAGGUAGAGCACGUAGAGCUCAGGAUUUCCCAGGUGUGGCAGAGCCAUGGUGUGUUUGUAAUAAUAAAACCAAAGAAACAUAUGCCUCUGUGGAUGGGAA